AUGACAUCUCCUACGUCAAAGAUACCGACUACUCCAAUCCGACGAAAUUCACCAACCGCAUCGUCGUCCCUAUGUUGUAAAAUAUUGCCUUCAAAAAUCCCAGUUCGCGUGAACUCGAAGAAAGUGGCUGUGUCAGCCCUCAAAGCUGCCCUAGAAACUGCAGUAAGAGCGAAAGAAACCCGUUAUUCAAAUAUACUGGCAAUUGCUGUGCGCUGGGAUGAUGAUGAUACCUCUGCAAAAGCAGACAAUGAAACAUUUACUGCCAUGAUGCGUGACAUGUUUGACAUACCCUGCAAAACUUUGGUGCUUCAAAGCCAGAGUCAGUUCCCUGCCUGGGACCUGAAUGUGCAGCUCGUGGAUGAAAUUAAAGCGAAGCUCAAGAACCAGAAACCCUCUCUUCUCAUAUUUUCCUAUGCCGGUUACGGGGCUAUCAAUGCUCUGGACGAGCUGUCCUUCUCCAACCGUGGAGGCAAAAAACUAGUUUCAUGGACUGCAGUGCAACAUCAUUUGACUCCUCAUGGUUUACCCAUGGAUAUUUUUGCUAUCCUCGAUUGCUGUCAUUCUGGGAAAGCAACCAUUAGCUCCCAGAACUCCACGCACACGUUAGCUGCGUGCGGGUUGACCGUAUGGGCAAGAUCGCGCACGUCUGGUAUCUCCUUCACACAGAGACUUGUACGAGCAAUUCGACCUAUUUUCAAUUCAGACAAAGUGGCCAUUUCGACUGACGAGAUAUUCCACGCAGUGCAGAGGGAAACUCCAACUGGUUUGGAUAUGCCUCGAUUCUCGUGUCACAGUGGAGUAAAGCCAAUCGUGUUACCGUUCAAAGUCGCAGCUACUUCUGGUUCUGGAAUUCCUUCUUCGGCAGCUUCGUCACCAAGCCAUAAGACCAGCCCAAUAACUUCUCUGACUCCAAGAAUAUCGCCCCUGGCAUCCCAGAAUCGAGAAUCACAGGUUCUCAUUAUGCUGAUCUUAGAAGGGCGAGCGACGGGAGUUGUACGGGAUUUCCAGAGAGUGCUCGAAACAAUGCCUGCGAAGUUCCAGAUGAAAAUAACUGAUGCGUUUGAGACCAACGCAUCAGCAAGCGUGUUUGUCAGAAUGACAUGGGAAGCAUUUGCGCGUUUUCUGUCCACCAUCGACAUGGAACCGUUGCUCCCAGUCGUUGGCCCCUCGCUUAUGAGAGGCCAGCUUCAUGAGGUUCCAAUCGUUCCUGCACGAGAGAGUCCAUCCUUGAGGGAAAGGGCUCAACGCAAAUAA